AAGGGAAAACUGUAACUGUAACUGCAUUAUAAAUUUAAGCGGGUUUUAGAAUUGCAACGGAAUGUAAUUAAUUGCCGUAAUUGAAAUUUUAUGCUGAAAAUUAUUUCAGUGUUAUCAUAAAGGCUUUAUGAAAACUUGAAUAGUAUCCUUAGUGAAUUUUGUCCGUUAUGACUUCGUAUUCAGAUUCAACGUCUUUAGUGCGCAAAUUGGUGUGUCGAUUAACCGGAAAACAUGAAAAUUCUGUGAAAUCUGAAUAUAGAACAGCAUUGCAAAUAUUGAAUUGUUCUUUGAUAAGUUACACGACUGAUGAAUUUUCUGUGUGUGAAAACAUAAAACAGAAAUUUAUGCUGGAAGAGAGACCCGAAAAUGCGUUGAAAUUUCUCGAACUGUAUCGUAAACUUCAAGUCAGUUGCGUAUUAAAAAACAAAGCCAAUGUUCUUAAAUUUUUGUAUUGCUUGUAUGGCUUUGGCAAUGAUAGAAAAAACGCAGGACUAUAUGCUUGGAAUUUCGAAGAGAUUGUCUUAAAUCCUGAAAUAAUAUUGAAUGCUCGGAAUAUAAUUAAUAACCAGAUAAACAAACCAUACUCGAACGUCAAUCAAUUAAAUUUGAUUACUUCAGGUGGGAUUAAAAAUUCUUUCACGGAUCUUCAGUUGUCUAGAAGUAAAUUGAAUGAUAAAAAUUAUACACAUUCUACAUCAAGUAAAAUUUCUCAAAUAGCUGCUAUAAUUUCAACAAAUUGUGAAGAUCAAAACCUAGAGUUUCAUACAAAGAGAGGAAGUGCCGAAAAAGCACUCACAGUAACAGCAGAGGAAUCUAAUGUAGGUUCUGUGUGUUUAACUUCAUAUAAUCUAAAACCACUUUUGCGUGAUACUUUAUUGGGAGUUCUAGGACUGAGAGGAGAUGUUAUAGUUUGGGAACCUGGAAAGGGAAAUUUUAAAGUGGUAUUUAAUAGUGAUAUUCCAAAUCCAAUAAAAAGACUUAUAUUAAGGUUUCUUAACCUAGGUUGGAUGUACUGUCAUAUAAAUGAGUUCUGUAAAUCUCAAAGUAAUAAAAAAUCUGUAGGCCGUAUAGCACAAAGUUUUGUUGUAGCUUUGAAUGAAAAAAUGGUUGAUUAUCAUAAACUAAUUUCUGAGUUUGAAUCAUUUUUAAUCCAGGAAGUAAAUUUAAUUCAUUUGUAUAAUAACACAAAUUCAUUAACUUUUCAUAAACUAUCAGUUUGGUUUUUUGAGCCCUGUUUGCAGCUGAAGAUUCUAGCUUCUGUUAUUGAUGCUUGUAAAGGUAAAAAGGGUGGUGCUCUUGCUUCGAUUUUAUACUCCCAUUUGCAACAUGGAGAUUCUUAUGUCAGAGAUCUUAUUCAAAAGCUAUUACAAGUUGUUAGCCGACCAUUGUUCAAUAUGUUGAGUAAAUGGAUUUUUUGUGGAGAGUUAGAAGAUCCAUUUGAAGAAUUUUUUGUAGCAUGUAAUAUUACAAUACCUGAUGUUCAUCUCUGGCAAGAAAAAUAUAGCUUGAAUAAGGAUAUGAUACCUUCCUUUAUAACUACAGUGCAAGCAAGAAAAAUACUUUGUACUGGGAAAGCCAUUAACUUUUUACAGCAUGUUUGUCAUGAUAAAUCGUUUGCUCGAGAUGAUGAAAGACGCAUGAGGGCAUUUAAUUUGAUGCAUAUUGAAUCACUAUUUGCACAAGAAAGAGAUGGGAAUUUUGAAAAAAUUCUGGAAAGGAAUUAUGUGAAAACUAACAAAAUAGUUUUACAAGUUUUGAAUGAUAAAUACCACUUAAUGGAUCAUUUACUAGCAAUGAGAAAUUAUUUUUUGCUAGGACAAGGAGAUUUCAUCAGACAUUUGAUGGAUCUUUUAAAUGCAGAUUUAGGGAAACCGGUAAAAUAUGUAGAUAAUCUCAAUCUGUAUGGCUUAUUAGAGAGUGCUGUAAGGGCAACUAAUGCCCAGUUUCAUAAUCCUGAAGUUUUACAAAGAUUAGAUGUAAGACUUUUGGAUGUUUCUGUAAUAGGGGAUACUGGAUGGGAUGUUUUCACUUUGGAUUAUCAUACCGAAGGCCCUAUUGGAACUAUUUUUACAUCUCAUUCUAUGAAUUGUUAUCGCAGACUCUUUACAGCAUUGUGGAGGGCCAAACGCAUGGAAUUCAUAUUGAAUAAAAUUUCUCAAUCUCGAUCAAAAUAUUUAAACUGGCAAAUAAAAAUUCCUGAGAUUUCUCCAGUACUUUAUCAGUGCCAUGUAAAUCUGACUCGUAUGGUACAUUUUGUUCAGCAAAUGGAAUAUUAUAUGGCAUUUGAAGUUAUGGAGUGUUGUUGGGCUGAUUUGUUGAUGAAAAUGUCAUCAGCCCAAGACUUGGACCAAGUCAUAGCUGCUCAUGAAAAUUUUCUUGAUACCUUGCUAACACGAGCCUUCUUAGAUGAAGACUCAUUGCCUCUUCGGACCCAGUUAAAGGCUAUCUAUGACUUAAUUGUAGAGUUUGAUAAGGUUCAAGCCACAUUUUGGAAAAAUGUGAAGAAUAUUGUAAAUAAAUUAAAAGAAUUGGAACAAUUAGUAGAAACAAAUACAAAUAAAGAUACAUGGGGUAUAACUGAACGACAUAAAAAAGAAUAUAAUGGCCUUUUGGCUAUUUUGCAAACUAAACAUAUUCCAACUACUAAAGCUGAACUUCAGAUUUUGUUUCGGUCAUUUGAAGAAAUGGUUCAAAAAUUUUUGAUUAUGCUUAAUGAUCAUAAUGAUUCCAAUCUCCGCUUUUUGAGCUUUCGCAUGGAUUUUAAUGAAUAUUUCAAAAACAAAAAUUCUCGUCUUCAUACAUCUUUAACAUUUCAGCAUCGUCGGAAAUCUUUCAAAUUUGGUACAUUCUAACCAAUUUUUCAAUCAAAUUUAUAUUUCUUUGAAUUUUACUGAAAGUUAUUUCUCCUUCUGCUUUUCUUCUGAAAGCUAAGUGAAAAUGUAGUGUUUAAAGAUAUUAUGUUAAACUGCCUUUUUAAAUGAGAUUAUAUUAUUACUAUUAUUAUUGUAUAAUAUUUAAUAUUUUUUAAUUUUGAAAUAAAAUGCUCUUAUAUUUUUACUUCUUAUAGGACAUUUCAAAUGUUUUGAUUUUAUAAAAAGUUAAAAAUUACUAUUGAGGAAAAUAUCAGUACUUCCUAGUUAAAGUGACACUUGUUGCUGAAAUUGGCAAACUUAAUUGCUGAAUUUGUACUAUAAUUUAUAAAAUAAUAAAUUACGAUAUAAUUUGAAAUGUUUGCAACUUAUUAGCUUAAAAUAACUGUCAAGGUUCGUCAGCAAAAUUGACAGGCAGUAGAUGCUUUAACAAGAAAAUACCAAAUUAUGAUAUGUAAAUGAAAACUCGAAGUUCAAUUCAGAAUUACUUUUUAGGCAUAUUGAUAUGAAAAAUUAGGUUUAUAUUGAUUCAGUUGUGUUAUUAUUAUGUAUAAUCAUUAUCAUUUUUUUCAUUGAG